AAGGGAAGGUUUUUGGAGGAAAUGUUGGGAUUCAAAUUGGAGUCGUUGAAAGAUGAUGAUGAAAAAUCCAUCGUCAUCUGCAAGAAAAGAAACAGCAUAACCGUCAGGCAAAUCUGUGAUGAUUGUCUGACCAGAAGAUGAGGGGAAGAUCCGAUCAACAAGAAACAAUAAUGCAAAUCUGACUCAUCGUCUGCAUCCAUCAAGAUUAAAAAUGUUUAUACAAAACAGUGACAGUGUAUAUUCAAAACAAAAAAAGUCACUGAGCCAUUCUUUCUUUAUUGUUCAUUUAUUCAAAUAUGAUACAGUGUUACUGGGAAAAUAAAUUAAGAAAUUGUAAAGUCACUUCACAAAUGUGAAGGAAAAACAUAUUAAAUCUAAUAGAUGUGCACCAAAAGAAAUCAAAGCAAAUUGUCUACAGAGACACACUAAUCUGAAAUAAGAGUCAAAAUUCAGACAUUUUCCCAUAGACAGAUCGAUCAACUUAUAAAAUCAAAUGUUUGAUUUGAGCCUUUUGUGAUUGAUUGGAUUAUAUAAGAUGAAACAAAAGAUUUGAAAGUUACAUCUCAGUUUAUUGUUUGGAUCGAUCAACGUUUUCUCUGUGAACAGUGAAAAAGAGGAAAUUCAAAAUAUAUGUUCAUUUAUUUGCUUAGUAUCAGUAUUAUUAUUUUUUCUUUAUUUCUUUUUCUGCCUCCUUUGGAAAGUGUAUGGAUGGACGUGUGUGUAUGUCGUGUUGCUAGAAGCUGUUGCAGGGACUGGAUCUCUGCUGGCUGUUUGUCUUGUGCUUAGACCUGGACGGGUUGGGUUGGGUUCUGGGAGAAAUCAGCUUGAACUUCUUCUUCUCUCUAUCUAUACAGACUAUAAGUAUCGUGUUUUUAUUGUACUAAUGUUUGAUGUAUGUCAAGCUGUAAAAUUCAAUAAAGAAAGUUGGGAAUAAAAAGAAAAUUCAGUCAUUAGCAGUGACUGUGCAAUCUAAGGUUUGUGGGUUCUACAUCAGUUUACUCCCAGUCAUAUGUCAACGUGCCCAUGUGCAAGGCAUUGACCCCAAAACAGUGUAUGGGUAUCACCAAAUGCAAUAUUAGUAGGCAAACCCAGAAAAAACAUAAUUGGUGUUAAAGGUUAGUGUUAAUUUAACUGUUUUGACCUUUAUAUCAUGAUAUUAUACUCUGUGGAUAUUAUCUGUGUAAUAUUUGACUUGAACGAGAGACUAAAAUUCGCGAUGUUCAAACUUUAAGAAGAACUCGAAAUCAACACAAAGAAAGAAAAUCCUACGGUUUGAACUGCUGACGCCCGUCACAACAGCAGAUGGUCUAAAAUAAAUAAUGUUUGAUUUUCGAUAUGAAAUGAUCCAUAUAAAAUGAAUUAGAAAAUGCAAAUGUGUCCCAGGAUGCAAAACUCUCUUAAUGCUGUAACAGCCAGCAGAGUUUUAAGAAGAAAGCUGUUGGGUCGGGGGUCAGUUCGGUUCUGAUCCGUAAAACAGCAAAUCCACAGCAAAGAAAAUAAUAUAAUAACCAAGGUGAGUAUUUAUUAAGUUGAACUAUUUUGUGUGCAUUUUUAAACAUUUGUUGAAAAUAAAUAAGUUAGAGAUAAUAUUAAAUUAUUAGAUUCACUUCUUCAGAGAUGUUUUUCUUAAGUUUGUUGGCAGAAUGUUUUAUUAAAAAGAGAUAAAUUUGAAAAGCAUUAUGAUAAAGUGAUGUUAUAUUGAGUAAGUUGAUACUUGGUUGUUUAUUUUUUAUUUUUUGUGAAUUUAAAUUGUGGUUGUAACAUUCUUCUGAGAGCAGAUGCUCCUUUUCGUUCACGAUUCUUUUAGUAAAUUAUUUAUAUCACUGAGUGAGUAAAAUAAAAAAAUGUAAUGAAUCUUAAAUUAACCGAUUUUUUCUCUGGCCUCCAGUAGAAUUGCAGGAAAAUGUCUUCGUUCCUCAGUGAGAACUUUGCGGACCCCAACGUCUCCACCGUCUCCACCCCGAUCCUGUUCCUGAUGCACUGCCUCCGGUCCGAACCCAGCUCCAUCAUUAACGCCACAUUCAGCCUCAUCCGGGUAUCUCUCCAUCUUCCUCUCUGCGUCGUCAUCCUCCGCCUCGGCCUUCGCCGGUGGAAGCAGAAGCGCUCCACUGCCACCGCUGCACCCAUGAGCCACUCUGACUUUUUUGCCUACCUGGCGGCCAUCAUCGAGCUGAUCGACAUGUUGGGAUUCAUCCUCUCUUUUAUCGGUAUCCAUAGCGACGACUCCAACAUAUUUUUCUCUGGGAUUAUUCUGAGUUCUUUUGUCUGGUUUGGGGAGAUGAAUGUUAACGUGCUGACCUGUGUGGAGCGCUACCUGGCUGUAGUUCAUCCCAUCGCCUAUCUGAAGCUCCGGAGUGAAAAAGGAAUCAGAAUCAGAAACAUGACUUGCUGCUGUUUCUGGCUGUCCAGCUUCUUUGGGAUUGGGUUGGUGAUGUCGGCAGGCGUCGAAGCAUUUUAUACUUUCUUCCUUCUCACUCUGUCUCUGGUGACUGUGUCUUUCUGCAGUCUUUCUGUGCUCUGCAUCCUGAUUCGACCAGGUCCAGGUGAACAGGGUAAAAGUAAGCAUCAGAUCGAGCCAUCGAAGAAGAGAGCGUUCUUCACCAUUGUGGCCAUAACGCUGGUUCUGUGGCUCAGGUUUGCUUAUAAUGUUGUUUGGGUUGUCAUUUAUUUAGGUGCAGAUGCCAGUAACUGCUUUGUGAUAGUGUGUAAUGUCUUGUUCAACAUGCCCAGCAGUCUGGUCUUACCUCUGCUGUUUCUACAAAGAUCGGGAAAACUGAAGUGCUGCAGAGUGUGAGGGUUUAUGAAGAACUACACUGCAGAAACACAACGUCUUACCAAGUAUUUUAGUUCAGUUUCUAGUGCAAA